AUGAAGCCCACACUUUCGCCUUCAAAACAAUGUGUUGAAAACGGCGAUGCACAGCCUGAAGAAGACAUCAAGAAAGAUCCAUUGAAGUUCCUCACCUGGAACACUACCAGUUUGCUCAUUCGAAUGUCGGCUGCUGGUUCAAAAGGUGCACCUAAAGUCCCGGGAGAACUAAAAGAUGAUACCAGCUCUUCCAGAGAAGAAAAGCAGUUAAUCGAGUUUCAGCAAGUGAAGAAACACUCAAACAAAGGAAACAAUCUACAUGGCAAUACUCACAGAAUCAACAACUAUCUCGCAAAGCAACGCAACUUACUCCCAACCACCACCAAAAUGGACAAGGUUUCACUGUUUGCAGAAGUAAUCCAACAUGCAAAGGAGUUGAAACGAAAAACUUGUUUGAUAGCAGAAACGAGUGUCGUUCCGACCGAAAUGGAUGAACUAACAGUGGAUGCAUCGAACCAAGAAGCUUGGAAUUAG